AUGACCGGCGCAGUGAUUGAAAAUCUAAGUAAUCGUAAAUUGUGCUAUAUUUUGUUAUCAUUAUUUGCUGCACUUAUCAUAUUUUUUGUAUUGGGUGCUCUAUGCUCUCCACAACCAUCUAGUUCAAUGGAAUUCAUUAUGGUAAAAUGUAAGGAUAUUGAAGGUGGAAGGAAUGCCAACAGAUGGUUUCAUCUAAGACCAUCGAAUUGUGAUCCAAUUCAUGACUUGGAUUAUUAUGUGCCACAAUAUCAUGAUAUGCGUGAUAUUGUAUUUGUGGCACAAAUGCCACAUCAACGUGAUGGCAUUAGCUUGGAAUAUUCGGCAUGGUUUCAAUUCUUGCUUGGCUUACUUGAAGUAGACAUUGAAUAUGAUCCAAAAUUUACACUUGCUACAAGUGCAAUAUUGCAACUUGAAGUAAGACUUGGCUAUAAAACGCACACUGAUCCACCAGAUCAAUGGCAUGAGGUUAUCGCCACAAAUACAACCAGAAUGCUCGAAUGCAACAUACCCGAUACCAAACUUGAAGGUCAUCUUUACAAUUGCGCAUCUAUGGAUUUAUUUGAACUUGGCUCCAAUCCAUAUCCAUUCUAUCUGAUCAAUAUCCGUUUACCGGUUAAUCAAACUCUUUGCCAAACAAAGCCAAAAGCACCGAAUUGUGCUAUUGGAAGAAUCAAUGAUUUGAGGGUGAUCGCUAUUCAUCAAAAUGGCGGAUUCACAGCUAUUUGGCUAUUUAUGAAAACGAUGGUUUCUCCAUUGGUCAUUAUUACUGUCAUUUGGUAUUGGAAGCGUAUUGUGGCGCUAAAUCGAAAUUCUUAUUUGCUAGAAAAAGCUAUUAUGGCUUUAGGGAUUAGCUUGACAAUUCUUGAUUUUCCACUGGAAUGGAUAUCAUUAUGGUUUCGAGCACCAUUUAUGCUCCUUAUUGGUGACAUUAGGCAAGGCCUAUUUUAUGCCAUAUUAUUUAGCUUUUGGCUUAUCUUUACUGGUGAACAUCUAAUUGAUGACACAUCUAGAAAUAAUUUGAGGUCAUAUUGGCAAAAUUUGACAUCUGUCUUGAUUGGCUCAACAUGUCUGCUGAUUUACGAUAUAGCCGAACGUGGUAUGCAGCUGUUGAAUCCAUUUUUUAGCAUAUGGUCAUCUAAGUUGGGUUCACGUUUAGCGUACGCGUCAAUUUACAUAGCAUCCCUUUGCGUACUGUUCUACUUUGGUUUCCUUGCUUAUAAAGUAUAUCGUGUAUGGAUAACAAUUAAAAGGAAACGAGCCGCUCAACUUUAUCGCAGCAGUGAAAUUCGAAGAUUGAAAGUUGAAGCAAUCAUUUAUCGUUUUAAAUUUCUGAUGUUCUUCACGUUAGUAUGCGCUGCUUCAACGAUUAUUACUUACAUUAUGAAACAGUAUGGAGAAGGACAAGUACACAGUGAUAAUCCAUCUAAAAGUUUGUUAAUUCAUUCAUCAAGCGCCUUUUUUACGGGUACUUUUGGUAUGUGGAAUAUUUAUGUACUCUUACUAUUGGCCAUGUAUGCACCAUCUCAUAAACAAUACGGCAUUACUGUCGCGUUGCGUGAGGAAACAGAUAUGCUGGUAGAUGAACCAACAGAAUCAUCAGCUCUAACAACAUUCAUGAAAGCUGCUACAACUGAAUGA